AUGAAUCACAGAUGUGGAUGGAUGGAGGUUGUAUGUUAUGCUGCCUCUACACUUCUCUGUGCUCCAUUUUCAGGGUCAGAUGUGACUUUUGUCUCCAUCAACACCUACAUGACAUGGACUGCAGCCCAGAACUACUGCAGAGCUCACCACACAGACCUGGCCAGUGUGAGAAACAUGACAGAGAACCAGAAGAUACAGGAGAUGAUACCUGUAGGAUACUGGACCUGGAUCGGCCUUUUCAGAGACUCCUGGAAGUGGUCAGAUGGAAGUACCUCCUCAUUCAGCUUCUGGAAGAACGGGCAACCUGAUAACAACAACGAGACUUGUGUGGCUGCAGACUUCAGCCAAUCAGGAGCCUGGGAGGACUGGCCCUGUGACAUGGAGAGAGCGUUCAUUUGCUACGGUCCAGUGGUUCCUGUUUCAGAAAAGAAAGUGAUGAAGAAAGUGGUGAAAGUGAAGUUUGAGAGCAAGAACAACAACAACAAUCUGGAUCUGAAUAACGCUGCUGUGAUGGAGGCCAUGUUGAAGCAGCUGAAACAGAAGCUGAGGGACCAGGGGCUGGACGACAACAUCAAACUGAGCUGGAGGAAGCAGGCCGAUGGAAAAGUCUUCCACAAGGAAGACAAGAAGACAAACAAGAGGAGGAGGAAGAGGGAUGAGCUGUAAUGUUGAGUUGCUGCGUCUGUUUUCAUCAGAGAAAAGUCUGUUUCUUUCCUCAAAGAUGUGACGGAGCAGAAUAGAGCUGCAACAAUCAGCUGAUUCAUCCAUUAUUCUCUUUAGUGACAAUAACUUAUAUGUAAUGAAUAGUUUAGUUUUCAU